AUGGUAUUGGAAGAAAUUUCUAAUUGCCUAACAAUCUUCUCUUUUCAGUACGCAAAAUAUCAAGUUGUGAAGUAUCAUCACGUACCAUGCUCACCACUCACAGCGCAUCGAUUGAGUAUAAUGCGUAAAAAAAUAUUGGUGCUCGAUUUGGAUGAAACGCUCAUUCAUUCCCAUCAUGACGGCGUGAUUCGUCCAAUGGUAAAACCGGGCACGCCAUCCGACUUCACUAUAAAGGUAGUUAUCGAUCGACAUCCUGUACGGUUUUCCGUGCAUGCACGCCCUCAUGUCGACUACUUCCUUUCUGUUGUUAGCCAGUGGUUUGAUUUGGUAGUGUUUACUGCUAGUAUGGAAGUAUAUGGAACGCAUGUCGCUGAUAAGCUUGAUAACGGACGAGGGAUCUUGAAUAGAAGGUACUUCCGUCAACACUGCACAAUGGAUUAUGGGGGAUACACGAAAGAUCUUAGCGCUAUCCACCAAGAUCUUUCUUCGAUUUUCAUUCUAGACAACUCCCCUGGAGCCUAUAGGAAGUUUCCUCAGAACGCGAUUCCGAUUCCUUCAUGGUUUUCGGAUCCGUCGGACACGUGUUUAUUGAAUUUAUUACCAUUCCUCGAUGCAUUACGGUUUACAUCAGAUGUCCGAAGUAUAUUGAGCCGAAAUCAGCAGAGUUUUAACCAAGUUUGGUGA